AUGGGUCGAAAGAAGCAUGCAGUUGGAAGUGUAUUCCGUAAUAAAUCUGAUAAAUCAUCUAGAUCCUCAGGUACUUCAUCUUCCUCUUCUUCUUCAUCAUCUUCAAAAUCCAGCAUUAAACCUAUACCCUGGAUUGAACAAAAUAUUGUAUGCUUGGAGUGCGCUAAAUUUGUUCUGGUUCAUCAUCAGUCAAAAUACAAUCCUCGAUGUAGUUGUGGUCUUACAUUCAGUGAACAUUCAUCCAGUGUACAAAUUGAGUAUGUAACACCUCAACAAAAUUCUAAUUUUCAUCCUGAAGUAUCAACUACCGGUGAUUAUCAUUUAAAAGCUUCGAAUGAACGUUGGCAUGUUAAAACGCAUACACAGGAAAUACCUACAAAUGCUUAUGGAACAGUUGAAUUUCAAGGUGGACCACAUCCAACUAAAGCUCGGUAUGUUCGAUUGCAUUAUGAAACAUGUCCUGAAUUGAUAUUGCAUUUAUUACUACAUGAAUGGAGAAUACGUGUGCCUAAUUUAGUCAUAUCUAUUGUCGGUGGAUUGGCUAAUGCGCCAUUACAAGCAAAAUUACAACAAGUUGUUCAAAGAGGUAUACUUAGAGCAGCUAAAACAACUGGUGCUUGGAUUAUAACCAAUGGAUUAGAUAUUGGUGUAACUCGACAUAUUGGUGAGGCAUUGAAAGAUGAAGUACACAUACGUGGUUCUAAUAUUGUUGCACUCGGUAUAGCACCAUGGGGUUAUGUACAACAUCGUGAAUCACUUGUCGGUUUAGAGAAUACAUGUUCCUAUUAUUCUCAAGGAUGGAGACCUGGUCGUCAAGAAGCUCCAUUAAAUUCAAAUCAUAAUUAUUUUCUGUUAGCUGACAAUGGAACUGCUGGUAAAUUUGGUGGUGAGCUAGGUCUUCGUCGACGUUUGGAACAGCACUUAGCUCAACAACCCAUUGAUAUGCGACGUUAUGGAUUGCUGCAAGCACAGAGAACAUGUCUGGAUCAUAUAUAUGAUAAUGGAAUAGUGUUACGAGAAGAUCAUGAAAUACACAGAGGAUCUAAAUCCCGUGUACCAAUUGUCGGUGUACUACUUGAAGGUGGAACUCAAACAUUUCGUACUGUGUUUGAAUUAGUCACAGGUCGUCAUCCAGUACCAGUUGUUGUCUGUGAUGGUAGUGGUCGUGCUGCAGAUCUUCUAGCAUUUAUGCAUCGAUAUGCAAACGAAGAUGGAGACCUUAGCACACAACUACGUGAUCAAAUGGUUGCAAGCAUAUCUCGAGCAUUUCAAAUUCGACGUUUUGAAGCGGAAGGAUUGUACAGUGAAAUGAAAUUAUGCAUGAAAUGUCGACAUUUAAUUAGUGUUUUUCGAAUGGGUGAAGGUGAUAGUGAUGAGAUUGAUAUCACUAUACUGACAGCUCUUUUACAAGUUUCGGGUCAAAAUUUAACACCAGCUGAACAAUUGUCACUUACUAUGGCUUGGAAUCGACCAGAUAUUGCUCGUUCAAAAGUAUUUGCCAAAUUCAGUAAUUGGUCUAAAACUACGCUUGAAAAUGCAAUGGCUGAUGCUUUAUUGAAUGAUCGAUUGGAAUUUGUUCAAUUAUUACUUACUAAAGGCCUGAGAAUUCAAAGAUUUCUAACACGUGAACGUUUAGAAGAAUUGUACAAUGUGGCUGGUGAUGCAAAUAAUCAGUCAUUUCAUAAACUAUUCACAAAAGUUUUAGGUAAUAAACAGAAAAUCACACUACGUUCAGUUGGCCAACUGAUUGAAAAUUUAGUCGGUGGGGGUUAUCAACAUUCUUAUUGUAUUAAACCUGGAAAUGCAGAUAUAGUUCGUUCACCAUCUCAUGGCAAUGGUUGGCUACCGAGUGUUAAUGUCCCAUUUGGAAAUAAAAAUAGUAUAACAAAUAGUCAAGGACAAUCAGAUAACAAUAAUAAUAAUAACAAUACUAAUAAUAACCAUCAUAAACCUUUACGUGCAAACAAUUCAUCAUUCGUUGUAUCGGAGAAAAUGCCAGCCUGUUGUACAAUUCAUCCAAAUCAGAUAAACGCUUUAAUUACACCUAAAGUACCAAUUACUCAAAACGCUACUACUACUACUACAACUAAUACAACUACUCCUGCUGCUAAUAAUAAUAUAACUCGUCAACACUCUGCAUCACAGCAUUUACCGUAUACAUCAUCAAAUUCUGCUAAUGAAAUCAAUCUAUCUGAUCGAUAUUUUCGUUAUCCUUACACUGAACUAUUACAAUGGACACUGUUGACUAGACGUUUAAAUAUGGCGAAAUUUUUAGUAUUGGCUGGUGAAGAAUCAAUUGCAAAGGCUUUAUUUGCGUUGAAGUUGUUACGCAGUAUUCGACAUGUUACACUGGAUGAAGAAACUGACAUUGAGUUAGCUAAUGAAUUUCGUUCACAUGAACUUGCACUGGAACGAUUAGCUGUCGACUUACAAGAUCAUUGUUAUCGUCAUGAUCAAGAUCAAGCGAAACGUCUAUUGACCUAUGAAUUACAAGCUUUUUCAAAGAACACCUGUCUUAGUCUGGCCUAUAUGUGCGAGUCAAAAGUAUUCAUUGCUCAUCCAUGUACUCAAUCGAUAUUGAAUGAUUUAUGGUAUGGUGGCCUGCGUAAAGGUGAUUUAGUCGGAGCUAAAGUCGCUCUAAUUUUAAUGGGUUUAAUAAUUCCCCCGCUGUAUCCAUUGAUUGCAUUCUUUUUUACAAAGAGAAGUAAAUUCUUAGAAUUUAAAACUAAGGAGGAGUUAGCUCAACAACCACAAACACUGCAAGAACAUUUAGAUGAAUUAGAAGACUCUUCUCCGUCGAGUUCAUCAUCAUCAUCGUCGUCAUCGUCAUCAUCAUCUACAUCAUCACCGUCUUCAUCACGCGCUUCCAGCAGGCGAUCAUCUGAAUGUGACACUAAACAACAUGACCAAAAGCCAACAAAUACUGAAAAUGCAACUACGGAAAAAAAUCAGUCGAAUAAUCCAAAUACAGAAAAGAAGAUUCCAACAGUUGAAAUAACUCCACCAGAACCAUCAAGGAUAUUAGAAGAAGGAAACAGUAUGGAACUAUCAUCUGAUAAAGAAAAGGUUGACUUGUCAGCAGUAAUCAUAAAUAACGAAAUCAAUACCAGUCCUGAGAUAGUAAAUAAUCUAUGGCCACCGACCUCUGCUCCUCCGGCUUCUUCUUCGCAUAAAUAUCGUUCACAUAAUCAUAGUAAACACCGAAAAACUUCAGGACCGUUAACAAACUAUGCAUCAGUAUAUAAUACAGUACAAUACAAUAAAUCAACUAUACCUGCUGAUCAUAAAGCUGUGCGUCAUCAAUCUGCUAAUUUGUGCAAAACAAGCCUACCAGAUUAUGCGCUAGUUGCAAAUAUGCAUACAAAAGAGUCAGUCCCGAUUUCAGCUACUGAUCAAAAUCAUUCAGUUGACAUGAUUUCGAAACCGAAGAAAAAUCCUAUGUUGAUUGAUGCAGAUUCUAGUUUACAGGAUGUACCUGAAGUAAAUAUUCUCCCAUCCGAAGAGAAUUUAACCAACAGAUGUCAUCGUGAAAGAAAAUCUGUAGACUUCGAAGAAUUGCAUCCAACAGCUGUUGACCAACCGAAAUUAUCAGAUGAAACAAUUGAUUUAUCAUGUACAUCCGAAUCACAACAACCAAUACAAUCAUUAUCAUCAGGAACUGCAUCAACGGCAGCCGCCGCCGCUGCAUUGCCUAAAGAUAGUUUUCAAACUCAACAUUUUCAUAAUUUACACCGUGAGCCUAGAAAUCAUAUGCGUAAACAACGUUUCACUAUUCAUCCAUAUUCAACUGCACUGAAUACUUCACAGAAUGCAGCAUUAGCUAAGCAUGCUUUUUUGUUAAGAUCGAAUCUAGCUUCAUUGAUCCCAUCAAAUCAUUAUGCAUCAGUGGCAGCUUCUGAUGACUUACAAAGAAGAAGAUAUGAACGUAAGAGAACCAGAGGUUCUACUGGUUUAAAUCAAGAUCCUAAUAUAUUAGUAGAAAAAAUGAUCAGCAGUGGACCAAGACUAUCAAAUAAUGCUGUCCCAUUUGAUGCCUAUGAUCCAACCUCUGCUGUAAUCAAUCCAUCAGGUAAUGUACACCACCAUAAACCAAGCAAAUUUAAUCCAUCGAUGAAAGACAACUCCUUUUCAUCAUUAAGUUAUCAUCGUAAUGGACAAUGGAUCCCGUGUGAUUUACCUUUGGGUUAUGACUACCAGCCGACAGCUAGUCAAGGCUUACAAUUAUCAUGGCGUAAAAAAGUCUAUGAAUUUUUCAGUGCACCAGUGACAAGAUUUUAUUUACAUGUGCUAUUGUAUCUUGUCUUCCUGAUCCUAUUUAUUGGAUUGUGUAUACACACUAUACCACCGGCGACAUUUUCAUUUCUUGAAUUAUAUGUCUAUUUACAUAUUGUAACCUAUUGGUUGGAUAAAUUUCGUGAGGUUACGCUUAAUCCAGGAGCAAGUUAUAUUCAAAAGUUUGCAGUACACUUGACUGCAUUUUGGAAUAUAUAUGAUAUGAUUAUGUGUUUCUUAUCAUUAGUUGGCAUUGUUAUCCGUUAUGUGGGCAUAGUUAAUCCAACUUAUUAUAUGUGGGGUAAAAAUCUGUUAAUUAUAUGCUGUUCAUUAUGGCAGAUGAGAUUUCUGGAAUUAAUGCAAAUCUGGAGAUUUUCUGGUCCAUACAUUUAUAUGCUGGUGAAAAUGGUUCGUUUAAUGAUUCCCAUGCUUACUUUAUUAUUCCUUCCAUUAUUGGCAUUCGGUACAAUACGUCAAGGAAUUAUGUAUCCAAGGCAUACACAUGUUAAUCUUGAAGCGAUUAAAGGCAUUAUGCUUAAACCAUAUUUUAUGCUAUAUGGUGAAGUAUAUGCUGGUGAAAUAGAUCCUGUUGACUGGCCAGUUGAAUCACAAACUGCACCAUUUUUAGAAAUUGUUCCCAUUGCAACAGUCAUCUACCUGUUAUAUUCCAUUAUUCUAUUUGUCAAUGUUGUCAUCGCUGUAUUCAAUGAUAUAUUCGCUAGUGUUCGCCAACAAUCUGAAUUAGUCUACAAUUAUUUACGUUAUGCUGUUAUUAUUGAAUAUGAAUCAAGACCGUUAUUACCGCCACCGUUUAUUAUAAUCUCAUGGAUUUAUAUGUUUAUACGUUAUAUCUAUCGAAAUCGUAAAAAGCGUAGGAUGUCUGUUCUGUCAAGUUCUACUGUCUCAGAUGACACUCAAAAAAAACAACCUAGUCCAAAUGAUAAUGAUGAUAAUAACAAUAAUAAAAUGAAUAAACCUGAAUCACUGACAAAACCUGCUCCAUCAUCACACACACCAUCAAAUCGACAUGAUCAUCAUGAAGCACGUGAUACACGAAUUGAUCCUGUCACUGAGCUGUCCGCUGGUCUAAAAUUAUUUUUGAAUCCGGAUGAAGUCGAGAAACUUCAUGAUUUUGAAGAGGAAUGCGUAGAAGACUAUACACGUGUCACACGGAGAGCUGAAUUACACAAAGAAGAAGGUCAAGUGGGAAUAUUAAAUAAAAAAAUUGAUAAGCUACAAUUCAGAAUGGAAGAAAUUCAUGUACGUCAACGUCAUCUACGUGGACUAGUUCACUUAGUUGAAGAACAUCUAGUCUAUAUGGAGGAUAAUCUACAUCCAACAGGACCUGUUAGUCCAUCAAUAGCAAAUGUACAUAAUAGUAAUAGUAAUCGUAAUACAACUACUAUAGAGCAUCCGGUGACAACGCCAACAACGCCAUCAUUAGCAAAUAAUACGCAUGACUCAUCAACUAUUCAUGCAAGUAGUAGUUCACAUGACAGAGACUUCAUAUUUACAUCGAGUCUUUUGUGGUUACUUAAAAAACAAAUGGCACAAGAUUCUGCGAAUACAACGCAAAAUGAUAAUUCUGAUUCUACAGCACAUUUAAUUCGUUCUUUAAUCUCACAACUUGGACGACGUUCACGUCCACCAACUGGAUCAUUCAGUUCACGCCCAUAUCAAGGUUGUUUAGAUUCAAUGCAUCAUGAAAGAUCACCAAGUUGUUCAGUACGUAUGAAACAUCGUGGCAGUCGAACAGAUCAUAGAUAUUCAACGCCUACAUAUGAUCAUCUUACUUUACCACAUUCAGAUGUACAAUUCUUUGGAUCACAUUAUGAUCGUAUGUAUGAACGUAAUCGUAAUCGUCGUUUCGGUCAUAACUCUUAUCGGGCACCAGAUUUCACUUGUCGAGAGUAUACAACCAUUUGUGAUGAUAUUGAUUUAUCCUGUUUAAGUUAUCCCAACAGUCCUAUGAUAAGCCCAAAUGGAUCUCGUAUGGAUCUAACAUCAGUUGGAUUAACAAGAAAUACAAAUGUCCCGAUCGAUACUACUUUAAAUAAAACCUAUGACCAUAAUAAUACUACAUCUGUACCAGGACUAUCGAGAACGCCUCAUCAUAUACCAUCUGAAACUGUAAGGGAUAACAAAGGUAAGAUUAUCACUCCGACAACAAUCGAAACAAAAUCUGAUGCAGUAACUUCCGGUGAAAAACGUGCAAUACACCAGUUGUCAGCCAUAGACAACAACACAAUACGAAGUCAAUCGAUCGCAGCUAUGCAUGCCAAUACAAAGUCUUCUGAUGAAGAAAUCUCACCAGGCAAACAUCACUCCCAUCAUCACCAUCAUCAUAAUCAUAAUCGCAAUCACAAUCACAAAAACUAUGAUCCCAAUUCAAAUGUACCUGCUAAUUCUGAUCUCUCCUCAUAUACAGAUCAAAUAAAUUCAUCAGAUCUACAAUAUUUAUUAAAUAAUCUACAAAUGAAUAGUGAAGAUAUUAUUCGCCUAGCAGAUCACAGUAAUAAUAUUGACAAUGAUAAUGAUGUUAAUGACAUUUAUAAUGACACUGAUAAUGUUGUUGAUGUUAUCCAUGGAGAAUAUGCUAGAGAAAUCGAUGAAAUAGAAGAUCAUCAUGAUGAUGAUGAUUAUGAAGACGAAGAAGAAGAAGGCAUAAUGAAUGAAGAAGAUGAUCUAAAUAUUCAAUUAGGACUUCAAGAAGCUGAGAAUGCAGAACGUAUUGAACUUCAAGCUACUAUGAUAAAACGAUUACGUAAACUGUCAGUAUCUUAUAUAGCGAAUAAAUCACAUCAUGUUGCUGGUGCUUCUUCGUCUUCUUCAAAUAAUAACAGCAGCAACAUUAAGAGUAAAAGCAGUAGUAACACUACAACUUUUCGUCAUAUAAAACAUUCAAAUUCUAAAGGUAUUAAACUUAUUUCAAAUCAAAAAACUGCCAAUUGGGAUCCUGAAGGUGUUCUACUCUCUGAUCGAAUCGAAGAAGUCAACAUUACCGGUAAUAGUAGUAGUGGUCAUACCCUACAAGCUGGAUUAAUUAGCCGUGAAGAUAUGGGUGACUUUUUGUCGCAUGUAGUUAUUGAAGAAGAAGCUGUUGAUCCUGAUUUAGACUUAGACUUUGAUUCAGUAGCGCAUGAAUCCUCUGGGAUGCAUUCAAGUCUUGAAUCGCCUAUCCAACUGGAAUCAUUAACUGAUGAUAUAAAUUUACAUGGUAAAAUGGAAUUCAUCGAUGAGACAUGUCUACUAGCCGAUAGUGAUAUGAAUGGUAUACUUGAUAAUAGACCGUUGUCACCAACAGUCGACCAACUCGAUGAUGAUGAUGAUAAUAAUAGUAAUAAUAAUGGCGAAAUAAUCAAUAAUUCUGCAACUGUUCACCCAUCAUAUCCUAGUCCAAUAAUUGAACAGAAAGAAGAAGAGGAAGAAGAACUGGCUGUAAUGGCUGUGUCAUUACCAUCACCACUACCAUCCUCAUCAUCCUCAGCACUAUCACCGUCAGACCAAGAACAACCACAAGGAGAACUUCCAGUGACAGGAACAACGACAACAACAGUAACAGUAACAAUAGAUUCAGUAGACAAAUCCUGUUAA